UAUUCAUUCAAGUUUGUCCUUCAAGAGCUAAUUGUGAUCACUAAAGUGUUGGGACCACAAAAUAUCGAAAUAAAUCCGAUAUCAGUCGUUUAUCGAUUAUCAGAGGCCCGUCGAAAUAUUUAGGGAGCUGCUGCUGAAUCAGACUGAGUUGCACGGUGUGGUGAGAGCCUUUCAAGUAUAAUGGCAAGUGGCGAUAGAGGCAAUGGAGGAGAGGAGUGGCCAAAGGACUUUAAGAAGGCCCAAGGCACUCUAAAUGAAGUGCUUCAUUUUGCUGUUGAGAAUACACCAGCAAAUGAGGACCAUGAACCAGAGACUAGAGAACCACUCACAGAAGAGAAAAAGGAAUUUCUAAACAAAGUUUUCAAUGAUAUGCUGAGAGAUGAGGUGAAGGAGAUGAAGGAACAUAUCGAGGUCUUGAAGCGGAUCCAGGACUCGGAGACGGAAGAGGACCAGGAGGAGAAAGAAGAACGUUUAGAAGCCCUCUUAGAUCUAUGUGAGACCAUUGAUAAUGCACAAGAUUUCCUAAAAGUGGGUGGAGUCAGUGUUGCCAUGGUGCUAUGUCGUGACCCCAGUUCAGAAGUCAGAUGGCGAGCGUUGGACUUAUUAGCUAUGACUGUCCAGAACAACCCCUAUAAUCAGAAUACUGUGGUUGAGCAGGACGCCCUUAAACUCUUCAUUGAAUUACUAGACAACGAUAGAGCAUAUCAAGUUAGGGUCAAGGCACUUUACGCUAUUUCAUGUUUGGUACGAGAAAAUGAAUUAGCUCAAAAUGCACUGGUAAAAGAAGAUGGUUUUUCAUCCAUGAUGAGAGCUAUGCAGAGUGAUAUAGAGAAGUUACAGAUCAAAGCUGCUUUCUUAUUAAGUGCACUCCUAUGGGAACAACCAAAGUUCAAUGAAGCUUUAUACAGUAUGGGUAUGGUACAGCAGCUUAUCUCACUCCUCCUCCAGACGGAACACAAGUCUUAUCAUGAGUAUGUUAUGUCUGCCAUCCUCCAUCUUGUAUCCCAGCAUGCCGGGUGCCUCGCUGACUCGUUGAUCCCAGAUCUGAACUUUCGAGGGUUUCUUGAGGAGCGCAUGAAGGAGCUCAAUGGAAAAGAAGAGUAUUUGGAGGAACUUGAAUAUUGUCAAAAGCUAACAGCCCUCUAUGCAUCAGAAACACAGAAUGACACAGGAGCAGACAGAUGACCUUUCACCUAUGAACUUUGACCUUUGACCUGCAUUCACCAACUGAUGCAUCUGUUGGAAGGUUACUCAAUAUUUUGCAUCCUGUUCUGUUACUGCUUGCGCUUGAUAAGAACUUUAUACUCUCCUCAAGAGUCACCAAUUUUCAGUGAUCAGGAGGGAAAAAAAUAACGGAAUUCAAGAAGUACAUUGAAUUCAUAGAAUUUUAUGGAAAACGUUAUUUUUUUCAGACUAGAAAGAGUGAAUAAGGAAAAAUUCAGUGAAAAUAAGAAUCAAAUCAAUAUCACUGUAUAAAAAUGUGCAUAAGUAUAAAAUCUUCCCAUCAACCGUGUUCACAUUAUUUCGCUUUUAGCAUUAUCUGCAUGGAAUCUCAUGUUCUAAGAUUUUCACUAUUAACGUGACUCCGAAGAAGUCAGAAAGUGAGAUAUAGAACACUGAAGAAUACGGAAUUGGCAUUUGAGGAAACGGUUAUUUGGGGUCUCUACCCCACUCAU